AUGGCUGUCGGCGGCUGUUUCUGCGGCAAAGUCCGCGUCGAAUACAACGGCCAACCCCUGACAACAGCACUGUGCCACUGUCUCGAUUGUCGCAAACUUACCGGGGCCCUCUACACGUACAAUUUCGUCGUCAAAACCGCAGAGUUGAACAUCACUGGAAGUCCAAAAGCAGUGCCAAAAACAUCGGAUAGCGGAAAUGAUAUCAAGAAUUAUUUCUGUCCUGAUUGUGGCACGCCGCUUUAUGGACACAAGAUAAAGCCCAAUGGAGAGGCUGAGGAGGUUACGAUCGUCCGGGCAGGGAUCUUUGAUGAUACGGAGAUUUUGGAUGAAGGGAGGCCUGCGGUGGAAAUAUACACUGAGAGUCGAUUGAAGUGGCUGAGUCCUGUCGAGGGGGCUGGGCAAUUUAUUGGCAUGUUGUCUGUACCUUCACUUGAUGAUGCUUGA